AGUUAUUAGCUAAUUUUCAAGCUAUCUGUUUCCGUAUCAUCAAAUUAUAUAAUCCGAAGUUUAGUUCACAAAUUGAGUUUGGCUCCAAUGGCAGGUUUGUGUGCAUGCAACGAUCGUAAUAGGGUUUUCGUGCAAAUUUGCAAAACUUUAUUUUAUUGUGAAGCCAACUUUUAUCAGCAUAAAAUAUAACACAGUUUUGAUUUUCUUAUGACUGCAUUAAUUUGUUUCGGAAUGAAACAAUUUGUCGGGCAGAGAUUAGGGUAAUAUGAUAGUCACGCAAAAGCCAAACUUGUCUGCUUUCAAAAUAUGGCAGACGAAAACGACACGGAAUUUGAGUAGGCCAAAAAUAACUAAAAAAUCACGUUUACCGAAAAAUUGUUAUCAGUUUGUGCAAACUUGAAGCCAAGGAAAGUCAAAGAAACUGGGGAAAAUGGAUCUGAAAAUCCGUUAAUGAAAUUGUAAAUAUUUUACAACAUUUCAUUGUAGAUUGUAAAAUGUUUUUUUCGGUUUUAGAAAGCAACUUCAAAGCAUUUAGGGAAGUGCCGAGUGAAAACACCAAAGAAGAUAAAUCAGACAACUUGUCCUUGUUCCCAAGUCGAGAAAAUGAGCGAAGUUUUAGACAUUUAAUCCCCAAGCAAAUAUUUUCGCAGAACAAUAAUUUAUUACCCUAUCGACCUUUAGAGCUGCUUCAUAGAGAUUCUGUUGCUGCUCGUUUAUCAUUGGACAGCGCCGUAUCUCCGACUCUAUCAAAUGGUAACCUCAGGAAGCAAAGAAGCGAAAAAAGGCCGAUACCUGAAGAACAAAAAGACGAUAAAUACUUUGAAAGGCGGAGACGAAAUAAUCAAGCGGCUAAAAAGUCGCGCGAUGCUCGAAAAAUCAGAGAGGACCAGAUUGCACUUAAAGCGACAAUUCUAGAACAUGAAAAUGCUCUUUUACGGGCACAAGUGGUUACUUUACGAGAGGAAGCCUCUUCACUAAGACAGAUGCUUUUGCAGAGAAAACCAUUUGACCAUCUACCACCUACAUCCCACUCACCCCUGUGUGUUAUAACGCAAUAAACUACUAGCAAUAUAAAUCA